AUGAGCCACUCGGACGUCAAAGAACUUUUUGAGGACAGUCUUCGUGAGAACAGUUCAGCAAUACAACAAUGCGUUGGGGACAAUGCUUCUAACGUCAUUGCCCGUAUGGAGCACUUGAACAAUGAGAACGCUCAGGAGUCAAGAGCAAUGUUCUUCUUCAGUGAGGUUGCAAAACCAACAUUUGAGAAAACACUUGAGACUUUCGGAAAGACUUGCCCGGACAAAGAAGUCUCUCCACUCCUUCCUGAGACCGUCAAAGCACUUGAGCCGCUUGGUGAUACAAAGUUUUGGAUGCGGGGGUCUGCCAGGAAGAAGGACGCAGACAUGGUGCUUGUUCGACUUAGGACGAUGCACGUGCAAAUGAAGAAGAUGGACAAGGUUCACGAGGAGCUUGAGGCCCUGAAGGCCAAUGCCAGGGACACCUUCCAUCUCCUGCAGACCAUUUUGAUUAUCCACAACACGCAAGUGACAAACGAAGGCUUCAACAGUGUGCUUCAGGAACUUCAGAACAUCUUCCGCAUCCUGGUGGAAGCUGAGCUCACCCGGCGAGUGGUGGCCGGAAGCUACAAAGGCCCCUUCCAGGCGAUCAGCUACUCUUUGCCCUACCAAGCUCGUGCAGCAUUGCCCUCGAACUUCGACUGCGACCUGGGCUACACCAUCGGCUAUGCGGCAGCGACCUUCAUCACCCAGGAAAGAACAGCCUUGAUGGUGGACGUCACCAAGCUCAAAGAUGAUGUCAAGAGCUGGGAGGUCCGAACUCCGAACGAACUGCCUUCGCGAGGGCCGUGUCGAUCCAGCGAGGCAGCCUUUGAGUUGAUUGGGACAUUUCAGGUUGGUGACCUAGCUAUGAAGGUCUAA